AGCCCUUUGACAGACCUCUUCCAGCCCCCAGCCCACCAUGGUUCCUCCAGGCAACAUUCUGUUCCUGCUUUUGCUCCCAGAGUGGAGGCUACUUCUCAGGACAUCACCUUUCCCUGCACCCUGUUUUGAGAACCACCUCUCCCCACUGAUCUACCUUCCCUCUCCUUCCACAGUGGCUGCAGCUCAGAUGACCCCAGGUUCCUGUUCCGGAUGUGGGCCCCUCUUCCUGCCACUCCUGGCGGGUCUCGUGGCCGCAGAUGCGGUUGUGUCACAGCUAAUUGUGGUGGUGGUGUUUGUGUGUGUGCGCCCACGCAGCAGGCCCACCCAAGAAGAUGGCAAAAUCUACAUCAACAUGCCUGGCAGGGGGUGACUCCCCAGUAACUGCGACAUAUGACUUCUGACCCUGUCAUCCUGGAUUGUGUGUGGCGGCACAGGAAAUCCAACCCUCUUUUGGGCUGGAAUAAAGCAAUUGAAAUA